ACUAAACCUAGAAAAAAUGAGCUCUCCUCUCGAUUCGCAAAGUGAUAGAAUCUUUAGUGAUGACGAAGGUGAAGUAGGUUCCUGCACUGGUUCCUCACCAAAACAGAGAAACGGGACUUGUAGUACUCCAUGCCAAAUUGGAAAGACCCCAAAACGACGCCGAAUUCUGCCCACCAUGUUGGAUUCAUCGGGAGCAGAGGAAAGUGAUGCAGAAAAUUCUCAGACACAGGGAAAUGACAGUUCGAGAGCAAGUAGUACUUCUUCUACACCGACUGGUCACCAGCUGCAAUCAAGUAAAAGGGUCAAAGUGAAUCAAACACCUGUCUGUGAGCCAAAUAAAUCUACAACAAGUUUGUUAGAGAAAAUCCUUCUCCAACAAGAUGAAAUAUUAAAACGAAUCAAGGCGUUAGAGAAAAAAGAACAGGAGAAGGAAGAAACACGGGAAGAAAAAGUAUACGUACCACCUAGUAUACGAAAUGCAAUUAGGGAUGGCUACAGCGAUGGACUCAAACGGGGAUAUACUUGGAUGUUUGACAAAAAGAAACAGCAAGAUGAUGAAAACAUCGAAAUGACCAACCAUAUUUUGAUGUUUGUUAAGGGCUGGAGCUCUGAUGUUGAAGAGAGGGUCAUCCACUGUGGCAUAAAGAGAUACUUUAUUUCUAAACGGCAGGAGUCAGUCCUCAAAUCAAAAAAUAAAUUGCAGGAGCAAAAGCAGAAGAGAGUUAUUUAUGAAAGAAAGAAGGAGAAAGCAAAGAGGAGAAAAACUGCACUGGAACACCUUGCAAGUAGGGGGUGGGAAAAUGAGAUGAGAAGGGCCCAAGUAAGAAACAUCUUAAAGGUGGAGUUUACCUCCAGUGAUGAGGAGUGUGAUGGUGGAUUCAUCUCCCAUCCACUCUCGUGGCAGAGCGAUAAACUUGCCAAGGUGAAGUCCCACCUAGAUAAAACUUUUCUGGAGAUUUGCUCGGUAAAAAGUAGGAGGAUGCUACAAUCUAGGAGUGUUGGGGCAAUUAAUAUUAAGCCAACUCCUACGUGUCCAGAGGUGUGUCCUUGGAUGGUAAAAAAAGAUUAAGUUGUUUCAUUUUUUUAAAGGUAUAUAUUGUGGCAUUUUUUAUGAUCAAAAUCUUGUAAAAAAAGUUUCAUUUUACUUCAUUGAACCAUCAAAUGAAUUUCAACGAUAUCAAAUAUUCAUUUUAAUUAUUUAUCCUCGUGGAAAUAUUACAAAUUCUUUGCAUAACUCUGUCUUCAGCUAGUUCAAUUAUAUGUAUCACCCUUUGUCUGAAUUUUAUGUGGACUGUUACUUAAGCAUUCAAUGCUUAUAUAUAUAUGUUUGUAUGAAAUAUUUUUGUAUCAUUCUCUUUGUCAAGGAUAUUAAUAUGUUGAAUGGCCGUAUAAUAUCUUAUUUAGUUUGCUUCUUUGUUGAAAAAUCUCGAAUACUCAGAUAUCUCGAAGUUUUUAAACAGUCCCAUCUAGUUCGAGAUGACUGAAGUUUGACCGUAUAUACCUUUAAAGAAUUGCAUGCCAUUGAUGUUAAGACUUAAUGAGAUUUAUGCACUCAGUAAUUUGAUACCAACUUGAAAAUCAUGCAAUUAAAUAUUUUUUAAAAUUAUACAUGUAUGUGGAAAUAUACAUGUGCAUUAAAUUGUAUGAAAUGAAAAACUCAAUUUAAGAUCACACAUUAUCUUUAACUGUUCUAUUUACAUG